AAACCUGCCUAAACCUGCUUUUUUUCCCUUCUGUGCCACACUGACCAGCCAUACUCACCUGACCUGUUGAAUCACCUGCACUUUUUGGUCAUUAAAUCUUUUUUUUUUUUUCAACUUCCUCCUGUUCACGUGUCUGGCAGUCUGCAUUGUGGGUCCAGUUAAAAGCUAAUGCUAAACCUAACAGUAUAGAAUUUAACCUCAACCUUAUGUACUGACAGCCCCUAUAAAAGCCUGCUCAGAGGCUAAACUGAAAGUAUUCUCUGUACAACAGCAGAUGAAGAUGUUGCCUCUCCUGAUACUGGCUGGUUUGCUAUUUAAAGCCUGCACGUCACAGAUUACUGGUUAUGGAAAUACAACAGCUGACUACGGCAGCAAUGCGCAUUACAGGUGUGCAGUAGCCAACCCUACAGGUGUGCUCCAGGUUACAUGGCAGAGGCUUUUCAAAGACGAGUCCAUUGAGAAUUUGGCAUCCUACAGCAAGCGGUUUGGACAGCAAGUAAAUGAUCCUUACAGAGGGAAAGUGAUUUUCACAGAGGCGUCUCUCAACUCGACAUCAAUUACUCUGGCCAGUGUUACAUGGGGGGAUGAAAGCUGUUAUAUUUGCUCUUUCAACGUGUAUCCCGAUGGGUCCAAAAGAAAGCAGACUUGCCUCACGGUGCAAGGGAUAUCCAGGUUUAAAACAGAAGUGCAAGCUCCCAGCAGUGAACAGGACGAAGAAUACGUGAAGGUUGUGUUCAGCUGCUCUGCUACAGGUAAACCAGCUCCAACCAUUCAGUGGGACUUCUCACCUAGUGCCACCCCGGCGGACCAACCACAGACUGCUACAGUAACAAACAGUGACCACACGUUUACCAGCAGCAGCAACAUCACUCUGCAAGUGCCCUCAAACUGGGAAGGAAAUGUGGAUUGUCUGCUGAACACUGGAGUGACGGGACAGAGGCGGGAGAGGAUUCCCUUUUCUUUACAGAAGAAGAACAACAACAAGAAGAAGGAAGAAGGUCUAACCUCUCUGAUAGAAACCCAGCAGACUGUGAUGGCAGCAGUGGGAGAAGAGGCUCAGUUAAACUGUCAGCUGAUGCAAUCUAAAGAUGUUCUGCAAGUCACAUGGCAGAAACGUUUACCUGAUGAGGACAAGAAUCUAGCUACUUACAGCAACGAAUUUGAUAAAUGGGUGAAUCCUGACUUUAGAAACAAAGUGGAGUUUAAAGCUGCUGGACUGCAGAACAGCUCCAUAGUCAUCAGGAAGGUGACGGAGCAGGAUGAAGGAUGCUAUCACUGUUUGUUUAACACCUACCCUGAAGGUGCUCUCACUGCUACAACCUGCCUCCAACUCUAUGAGCUGCAUGAAGCCAUUCUCCAUGUUGGAGAAUCCAACUCUCCUGAAGAGGCAGUAGUGUCCUGCUCGGCCACAGGUCGACCUGCUCCCACAGUUACACUGACUGUCCCUCACCACAACUCUUCCAGUGUCACCAACACCAACGGUACAGUCACUGUCACCACUACAGCUGUGCUGCCUCGUCUCCAUGACAACAGCACACAGGUUGGAUGUGCAGUGCGAGUGCUCUCUGGUCCUCAGAUAGAGGUGUUUACCAUGAUUCCUGAGAUCAGACAGCCGUCUGAUGGUUUUGAUGAGAAAUCUAGGUCUGAUAACAGUGGUCACAGUCUAACCUCUCUGAUAGAAACCCAGCAGACUGUGAUGGCAGCAGUGGGAGAAGAGGCUCAGUUAAACUGUCAGCUGAUGCAAUCUAAAGAUGUUCUGCAAGUCACAUGGCAGAAAAUUUUACCUGAGGGGGAGAAGAAUCUAGCUACCCACAACAAAUACUUUGGUCAAAGAGUGAAUGCUGGUUUUGAAGAGAAAGUGGAGUUUAAAUGUGCUGGACUGCAGAACAACUCCAUAGUCAUCAGGAAGGUGACGGAGCAGGAUGAAGGAUGCUAUCGCUGUUUGUUUAACACCUACCCUGAAGGAGCUCUCACUGCUACAACCUGCCUCCUACUUUAUGAGCUGCAUGAAGCCAUUCUCCAUGUUGGAGAAUCCAACUCUCCUGAAGAGGCAGUAGUGUCCUGCUCGGCCACAGGUCGACCUGCUCCCACAGUUACACUGACUGUCCCUCACCACAACUCUUCCAGUGUCACCAACACCAACGGUACAGUCACUGUCACCGCUACAGCUGUGCUGCCUCGUCUCCAUGGCGACAGCACACAGGUUGGAUGUGCAGUGCGAGUGCUCUCUGGUCCUCAGAUAGAGGUGUUUACCAUGAUUCCUGAGAUCAGACAGCCGUCUGAUGGUUUUGAUGAGGAAUCUAGGUCUGAUAACAGUGAUGACAAUUUCACUUUGAUUAUUGUGUUGUCUGUGGUAAUGGCCGGUGUUUGUCUUGCUGCAAUCAUCACCGUCUGGCUCAUAAGAAAAUAUUGGAACUGUCUGUCACACAGGGACUCUGAGGAGAACAAGACACCUCAGAAAACAACUAAAGAUCACCAUGAGCCCAAAACACCUUUAAUGAGUCUAGUGAAUGAGGUACGGCAACGGGUGUCUACUGGGAGAAAAAAACAUCACAUCUACCCUAAAGUAUCAUCUCCAACAUUAAGUCGCAACUUAUUUAGUGACACAGAAUAACCCACAAGGCCGAAGUCCCUGAAUGAAGACAGUUGGACUUGAACAAAACUGCCUCAAAGCCUGAAAACAUGUUUAAGAUCAAUUUUCCAAUACGGCCCACAGGACACGUCUGUCCCAGUUCAUAGAUAAUUAUUCCAGCAGAUCACAGAGAUUCAUGUACACUGUAGAUUUGGUCUUAAUGUUUUCAUACUUGAAUUUAUUUUAGCAUUUGACUUAUGUUUUUAUGUAAGCAUUUUGUAACAUCUGUAAUAUAAUUAAUUUGAUAAUUUUACACCAAUUUACUGUUAUAUAUGUAUAUAUAAAUUCACUACUGCUUCUUUUUGUUUUGUUUUUCACGUGAACUGAAAUAUAGCAAAGAUGAAAUUCCAGGGGACUGUAAAUAUGCUGAAUAUGAAUAUAGAAUGUGUAUGAAUCUUGCGUCAAAGGAGCAUUUAACAAAAU